AUGGGUCCGGAAGCGACUGAAAUUUGCACUUUUCUGGUUGUAAAGUACGGUUCGUUGGAUGACCUUCGCAAAUUGAUCGAGCGCGGCGCGGCUGUUUCCGGACGGACGCUGUUUGAAAGGAGCACGCUCCAUUUUGCCGCCUAUCAUGGAAGAACCGAGUUUAUUCACCUGCUCCUUGGGGCUGGGGUUGGCGCGGGACACAAGGAUUACCAAGGGCUGACUGCGAAAGAAUAUGCGACGAAGAACGGAUUUUACGAGACAGCUAGAUGGUGCUGGCUUGGGCAGUUUAACUAUGGCCGACAUGGGGGAGUAAUGAUGCCCAAGGAGGAUAAGAAGAGCUCUGCGGGGAGCAACAGGUCGGAGAAGAGGCCGAAAAUGAAGGAGAAAGUCGAAUCGGCGCCUGUGAAAUCGUCGCAACUUCCAAGACAAAAAUCACGAAAAAUGGUCGUAAACUGGCUGCGAGAAAGUUCCGAAGCCAUUCCAAAUGUCGAAAAAACCGAAUCCGUUGCAAAAUCCGAUUUUGUUCGUGGCAAAAACUACGAGCGACCCUCCUCCACCUCCCGCCCAAGAAGUUCCUCGAAGAAACAAAAAGCUCCAAAACGAGUCCAACUACUCGCUCCAGCUGGCGCAGGCGAAGGAUCGACAGAAUAUCGCAAAACGCGAUUUAGUCGAGAGCGCCCGCCAGAGCUGGACGAGGCAGUCAGAAGAUCUCAGAAUAAUCAUCUCACUGUCGAUCCCCCUCCAUCACGUGUUCGUUUCCCUGAAGAAAAUGAUGAGCCCGAAAAAACGAAAAAGAACUUUCGCAAGACGAAAUUCUCCCUCAAUCGUCCAGACGGCCUGGACGAACUUGUCAAAUCCGUGGAUAGAACUCCUGAACCCAAAGUAUCCAAAGGCGUUUGCUUCGCCAGUGAAGACGAAAGCGAAGAUGAAAGACCAGAAAAAUCGAGGUUCAGAAAGACAAAAUUCUCGAGAAAUCGACCGGAAGGACUUGAUCAGCUGAUAGAAAAGACCAAGAAAGUUGAAGAACCGCAAGUGAGGGAAGAAAAAGGCGUUUCUUUCAUGAGCGAGGAGCAAGAAGAAGAUCAAGAAAAAAUCAAGUUUCGAAAAACAAAAUUUUCCCUUUCUCGACCAGAAGGAAUCGACGAAAUCGUCCAAAACACAAAAUCAGAAGACCCUUUCUUUCUCACUCAGAAUGACGAUCUGUCUGAGUCCGAUUCUGAAAACAAGAAACAGCGGUCCAUUUCAUUCGCGGACGACGAAGAAGACAAUAACCGCUCGUCAAGGCCGAAAAUAACAAUCGCGGAAAAACCACCAAGCCCCCAAAUCUCCAUCCAGACAACACCAGCCGAUUCAGUCGAUCAAUUUAUCAAACUCGAAACCGAUAAAAUAAAAUCGAAUGAAAUCAAGGAAGAAAACUCGGAACCAGAAGUCACUUUUACAGAAGAACGAUUCCAGCAAAAGGAUUGGGUCUACCGACUUUCUUUUCUACAAUCCCGAAAUAAGGAAUUCACGCUUCCAGUUUCCGAAACUCGCGAAAAAACGCCCGAACCGAAGACGGAACUUACCGACCCAGAAGUAUCAUUUCGAGUUUCAAUAACUCCUGCCGCCGGAGAAUCAAAAUUGCUAGACCAGCGACCUUCUAUCCCUCCAACAACUCUUCAAGGAAACAACCGACAACAGAGACCGACAAGUUCUAGUACUUCAAAUGUUCCCCGGCCAAGGCCAAAAUUGGUUCAGAGGGCAAAAACUUCGCAUGAUCUCCUGGAACAAGAACGUCAAAAAAAAGAAGCCGAAGAAAAACGCCGUGCCGAAGCCGAAGCAGCUUACCAACAAUGGGUCAAGGCAAAGAAAAACGUCAAGCUGCGUCGCUUGACUCCCUCUCCUCCGCCGGAAAGAGAUCUCAAAUGGUAUGAAAACAAGAAGAGAAUGUUUGAGCCUGGGUCUUACUCUGAAAGACCGCGACCGAAAACUCAACCGAAUUCGACUCAAAAUUCGCGACCCACACCGAUCUACAGUGAAGUUCAUAAGCCAAGAAAAUAUGACGGAAAUGGCAUCGCGUUCGAAGAAUGGCUAGCCAGAAAGCAAAAUGAACAAAGGUCCUCAAAUCCAAAUCACCAGGAGUCGCAAGAAGAAACGAAAAAGAAAAAUGAUGAGAUGAGGCAAAUGAUGGCAGAGGAAAAAUUCAAAGAAUGGCUGAACAAAAAGCUUGAGCAACGGCAAAAAGCAACAGCACAAGAAAACAAGGACAGAUACGAAGCUCAUAAGCGAAAUACGACAAGCGAGAAUCAACUGUCUUUCGACGCCUGGCUCGAGAAAAAGAACGACCAGCAGAAGCAGCUUCAACGCGUCCUUCGCCAAAUCAAGAGGGAGGAGCAAAAACGAGCAGAAGAGGAACGAGAACGAAGACAACAAGGACUGUCUUUUGAAGACUGGAUCGCUGUAAAAUCUGGAAAAAGGUUGAGAUACAAAUUCACUCACAAAGCAAAAAUAGCUAAACUAACUCACUCUAACUAA